ACCCGACCCUGAGCUUCCCUCCCUCCCGGGGCCACCAAGGUGGCUGCUGGGUGACCGUAGUCACUGUGGGGCCGCCUGGGGACCACAUGGACCCUGGCCUAGGAACCCCACAGACCCUCUUCAGGGACCUGCCCCAGCUUCUCCGACUCUGAGGCCCUCUGUGAGGGUGGCCUGAGGCUCCCCCGAAGCCUGGGGUUGGGCCUGUGAGCACGCGCAGAGGCUGAGGAUGGCCUUGCUGGGGCGUCGGGCUCUGGAGCUGGUGUGGGAGGGGCUGGUCUCCCUAGAGGCCCCUGGCUCCUGGUGGGGGGGUUGCCCCUGCAGGGCCCUCACCUCCCUGCUGACGUAAUCCACAAAGGGGAGCCCAGGCUGCCCAGACAAGCUUCCCGGUACGGAGAUCACCUCACCACUUAGAGUCACCUUGCCCAGGGCAUCUUGUGCCCUCUGGAGGGACACUGUGGGCUGCUGGAGCCCAGCCUACUGGUUAGGGAGCUUUGCCAAGUGCACAGCCUGGCCUCACAAGGCUGCCCCUCUGGAGGCUGAGGCUCAGGGCCAAGGCCCCCACCAGGGACAUGUGCCAAACACUGCCCCCCACCCACAGACCCCACCCCACCUCCAGCGGUAAGUCUGAGUAGCAGGGAGGGCCAGGCGGAAAAGCUCUGUGCUAAGAACCCAGCCAGCACCGCCCACCCUGCCCGGAGCCUCCACGGGUCCCAUUCCUGCUGAUGAGCAAACGACCGCAGCCUGGACCUCUGGUUGCCCACAUGCCCACGGGGGUCAGCCCCACCCCUGGGCCAAGGUCAGAUUCCCACUCAAGGAGAGGUCAGGGCGGGGGGAGGCGUUUGCAGUACGCACAGCGCUUCCACUGUCCGUAUUUCAGGGGCGCCUUCCCACUAGGUGACCCGUGUCCCAGCCACGUCACCCCCAUUUUAGAGACAGUCGGAGUCCUUCCUGUCCUGGUAUGUCAUGACACAGAGUGGGCCAGGGGAGCUGGCCCUGCCCACUACCCGGGCAGGUGAGGCUGCUGAACUCGGCCUCUGCCUUUUCCAAAGCCCACAUUUGUGGCCCGUUCGCCCUUCCAGAGCCCUCUGAGGUGCCCAGGCCCCGUCAACCAGUGAGGAGCUGUGUGCCUGGGUGGCAAAGCUGUGGCCCCAGGAGCUACGGGGCCUGCGCUCCUGCCCAGAGCCCCACUCUGCCCUGGGGACGUGCCCCUGACCCGCUGGCACCAGGGUCUGGGCCAGGCAGCACUGGCGCCUUCCUGGGAUCCUGAGACCAGAGCCUCCAGGUCUGGGGGGGCAGGAGUGCAGGCGGCCUGGGAGGGUCGUGUGGGGCUAUUGUGUAAGCGGCCCCUCCUCGGGAGCUGCGAGAACAAGGCGCCACACAAGCGCUGGACACGGCCCCUCCUCCGGCGCCCUCUCACCUCCUUCGGAACAUGGUGCCCGGAACAUUCCAGCACCAGCGUGCCCCCGGGAAGGCCUGCCUCCACACUGGGCUCCCUCCUGGGCUCUAGGGGGCUGUGCCGGGCUCCCUGGUGGGGAUCCCCAAUGCUGACCCUGUGCUACCUGAUUGCACGCUGCGUCGGCAGGACCCGGGUGGCCCCCGGGCAGCAGGAGUUUGAGAAUGCGGAGGGGGACGAGUAUUCGGCCGACCUGGCACAGGGCUCCCCGGCCACCACGGCACAGAACGGGCCUGACGUGUACGUCCUGCCACUCACGGAGGUGUCCCUGCCCAUGGCCAAGCAGCCGGGCCGCUCAGUGCAGCUCCUCAAGUCCGCGGACCUGGGCCGGCACAGCCUCCUGUACCUGAAGGAAAUCGGCCACGGUUGGUUUGGGAAGGUGUUCCUGGGGGAGGUGAACUCGGGUGUCAGCAGCACCCAGGUGGUGGUGAAAGAGCUGCAGGCCAGCGCCAGCGUGCAGGAGCAGAUGCAGUUCCUGGAAGAGGCGCAGCCCUACAGUCAGGGGCUGCCUGUCCACUCCCACAGGGCCCUGAAGCACAUCAACCUGCUCCAGUGCCUGGCCCAGUGUGCCGAGGUGACGCCCUACCUGCUGGUGAUGGAGUUCUGCCCGCUGGGGGACCUCAAGGGCUACUUGAGGAGCUGCCGGGUGGCGGAGUCCAUGGCGCCUGACCCCCUGACCCUGCAGCGCAUGGCCUGCGAGGUGGCCUGCGGUGUCCUGCACCUGCAUCGCAACAACUGUGUGCACAGCGACCUGGCCCUGCGGAACUGCCUGCUCACGGCAGACCUGACGGUGAAGAUCGGUGACUACGGCCUGGCUCACUGCAAGUACAGAGAGGACUACUUUGUGACUGCCGACCAGCUGUGGGUGCCUCUGCGCUGGAUCGCGCCCGAGCUGGUGGACGAGGUGCACAGCAACCUGCUUGUCGUGGACCAGACCAAGAGCGGCAACGUGUGGUCCCUGGGCGUGACGAUCUGGGAGCUCUUUGAGCUGGGCGCACAGCCCUACCCCCAGCACUCGGACCAGCAGGUGCUGGCGUACGCGGUCCGGGAGCAGCAGCUCAAACUGCCCAAGCCCCAGCUGCAGCUGACCCUGUUGGACCGCUGGUACGAGGUGAUGCAGUUCUGCUGGCUGCAACCAGAGCAGCGGCCCACGGCCGAGGAGGUGCACCUGCUGCUGUCCUACCUGUGCGCCAAGGGCGCCACCGAGGCGGAGGAGGAGUUCGAGCGGCGCUGGCGCGCUCUGCGGCCCCGCGGGGGCGGUGUGGGGCCUGUGCCCGGUGCGGCGGGGCCCGCGCUGGCGGGAGCGGUGGAGCUCGCCGCCGCCUCGUCCUUCCCGCUGCUGGAGCAGUUUGCGGGUGACGGCUUCCACGCGGACGGCGACGACGUGCUGACGGUGACCGAGACCAGCCGAGGCCUCAAUUUUGAGUACAAGUGGGAGGCGGGCCGCGGUGCCGAGGCCUUCCCCGCCAUGCCGAGCCCGGGCCGCGCCGCGCGCCUGCAGGAGCUGUGCGCCCCCAACCCUGACGGCGCGCCCCCGGGCGUGGUGCCAGUGCUCAGCGCGCACAGCCCUUCGCUGGGCAGCGAGUACUUCAUCCGCCUGGAGGAGGCCGCGCCCGCCGCUGGCCACGACCCCGACUGCGCAGGCUGCGCCCCCGCGGACCAGGAUGACGACUCUGACGGCAGUGCAGCCGCCUCGCUGGCCACGGAGCCACUUCUGGGCCAUGGGCCGCCCGCCGACAUCCCCUGGGGCUGCGGCGACCACUACCCUCGCAGAAGCCUGGCGCAGGACCCGCCCUGCCCCUCAGGCUCGCCCUCGCCCUCGCCCUCGCCGGGGCCCCUGAGGCUGGCAGAGGGCGGAGCUGAGGAUGCAGACUGGGGCGUGGCCGCCUUCUGCCCGCCCUUCUUCGAGGACCCACUGGGCACGUCCCCCUUGGGAAGCUCGGCGGUGCCGCCGCUGCCGCUGCCCGGUGAGGAGGAGCUGAAGGAAGUGGGAGUGUGCACGGCCACCCAGCGUGGACACUGGCGUUCCAACGUGUCCGCCAACAACAACAGCGGCAGCCGCUGUCCAGAGUCCUGGGACCUGGGCUCAGCAGGCUGCUACGCUGACGGCUGCCCCAGCCCAGAGCAGACCCCAAGGGCCUCCCCAGAGCCUGCGGACCCUGGGGAGCCUGUGCGUGGGCUGCAGGCAGCCUCCUCUGCCCAGGAGCCAGGUUGCUGCCCCAGCCUCCCCCAUCUAUGCCCUGCCCAGGGCCUGGCACCUCCUCCCUGCUUGGCCACUACCUCCUGGACAGAAGCAGCCGGUAGUGGGGGUGACCAACCCCAGGCAGAGCCCAAGCUUGCUGCAGACGCUGAGGGCACUGCUGGACCCCGCCUGCCCCUUCCCUCUGUUCCUUCCCCAUCCCAGGAGGGCGCCCCACUUCCCUCGGAGGAGGCCAGUGCCCCUGAUGCCCUGCCUGACUCUCCCACGUCUGCUGCUGGUGGCGAGGUGUCCGUCACCGAGCCAGCUUCUGCCCUGAAUGGCGGCAACAACUCCCCCAAGGCGGAGGCGCCCAGCAGUGAGGAUGAGGACACGGCUGAGGCCACCUCGGGCGUCUUCACCGACACAUCCAGCGAUGGCCCGCAGGCCGAGAGGCCGGAUGCAGGGCCAGCCUUCCGCUCUUUGCAGAAGCAGGUGGGGACCCCUGACUCCCUGGACUCCCUGGACAUCCCGUCCUCAGCCAGUGACGGUGGCUAUGAGGUCUUCAGCCCAUCAGCCGCCGGCCCCCCUGGAGGGCAGCCCCGCGCGCUAGACAGUGGUUAUGACACGGAGAACUACGAGUCCCCCGAGUUUGUGCUCAAGGAGGCGCAGGAUCCUUGUGAGCCCCAGGCCUUUGGGGAGCUGGCCUCGGGGAGUGAGGGCCCUGGGCCCGAGACGCGGCUCUCCGCCUCCCUCAGCGGCCUCAGCGAGAAGAAUCCCUACCGAGACUCGGCGUACUUCUCAGACCUGGAGGCCGAGGCCGAGGCCACCUCCGGCCCAGAGAAUAAGUGCAGCGAGGACCAAGCUCCCGAGCCAGAGCUGGGCCUGCCGAGCGCUGAGCAGCCGUCUAUGCAGGCCUCCCUUGGGCCUGGGGUUCCCGGGGAGGCGCUGUCCCCACCACUGCGGCUGGGAGGGUCCUUCCCAGAGCCCAGCACCUGCACCUCCAGCCUGGGCCCAGAGCCUCAAGAGCGCCAAAACCCAGCCGAGGUGCCGCCUGGGCCCAGCCGCUCCCAGUUUUUCCUGCUGACCCCGGUUCUACUGAGCUCUGAAGGCGACAGCUCUCAGCUCCAGGGGGCCCCAGGACUGUUGUCAGGGCCGGCCCCGCAGAAGCGGAUGGGGGGCCCAAGCGCCCCCAGAGCCCCAUUCCGCCUGGCUCUGCCCGCCCUCCCUGCGGCCUUGGAGGGCCAGCCGGAGGAGGAAGAGGAGGACAGUGAGGACAGCGACGAGUCUGACGAGGAGCUCCGCUGCUACAGCGUCCAGGAGCCCAGCGAGGACAGUGAGGAGGAGGCGCCGGCGGUGCCCGUGGUGGUGGCCGAGAGCCAGAGCGCGCGCAACCUGCGCAGCCUGCUCAAGAUGCCCAGCCUGCUGUCUGAGGAUUUCUGCGAGGACCUGGAUCGCAAGAAGAAGGCCGUGUCCUUCUUCGACGACGUCACUGUCUACCUCUUCGACCAGGAAAGCCCCACCCGGGAGCUCGGGGAGCCCUUCCCCGGCGCUAAGGAGUCGCCCCCUACAUUCCUUACGGGCAGCCCCGGCUCUCCCAGCGCCACCGGCCGGCAGCAGCGGGCUGAUGACGGCUCCCCCCAGGGCUCCACCGCUGGAGAGGGUGGCGGGUUCACGUGGGACGAUGACUUCCCGCUGAUGUCAGCCAAGGCAGCCUUUGCCACGGCCCUGGACCCGGCUGCGCCCGCCCCUGCCACGCCCGCGCCCUUCUCGCGCUUCACGGUGUCGCCAGCGCCUGCAUCCCGCUUCUCCAUCACGCACGUGUCCGACUUGGAUGCCGAGUCCGUGAAAGGCCCUGCAACAGGUGCCGUGGGCGAGAGUAAAGAGGCUUGAGAUGCAGGAAGCUCCCGCCCCUCGAGGCUGGCAUCACCAGAGCCCCUGCCAGGCAGCAGCAAAGAUGGUGACUGGGAAGGUGGGGACCAUGUCCUGGUGGCAGCACAUUCGGGUGCCUCUGCAUCACGCGGUGUCCUGGAGAAGCCGGUGAGCUGAGAGGCCCUGGGCCCUGGACAGAUUGACUAUGCUUUGCCCUGGGGGCAGAAUUCGCUGGCAUUUGGGUUUGCUGCUAGCCCCUGGGGGUGCCUGGAGCCACAGUGGGUGUCUAUACACACACACUCUCUCAAGAGGGGCCAGUGCCCCUGGGUGGCCCCCACCCUGUCUGCUGCUGGGGCCGCCUGGCCUUGGGCGGCUCCUCCAGUGUGCUCACAGGACAAGGCACGGGCAGGCUUGGGCCUUCCCCCCUCCCUGUCCCCGCACCGAGCCUCUACUCUUGCCUGGUUCCUGGUGGCUCAUGGCAAGGAGCAGCCCUGGACACCCGUAUAUCAGUCCUGUCUCCGCUUCCCGUAUCUCAAAAUCCAUGGCUGUUUUCCCUUCACUGACUCAGCUAGCCCAUGAGCCACCUUUCCCCCAGGGAAUGUGCUGCUCCCGCCUGGGCCCUGCUGUGGUCAUGGUGGGAUCGGGGUGGAGGGGCCUUCGGGCUGCACUCCUGCCUCAAAGGCCCCGUUCUAGAGGUGCCAUUGGCAGGACGGUGUGGGCAGCUCUCCUCUGCAGGGCACUGCCCGGUCCUGUCCCCCAGCUGCCAAAGGAGAAUAGGGCCAUACCCCGCAGUCAGGGUUGGGGGCUCCUGCCUGCGGGGAGAGGGCUGGUGGGGAGGGCUAGGAGCUGGGCCUGGCAGCACAGGGAAUAUUUUUGUAACUGCUGUGGUUGGAGCGAGUGGAAAUGGGAUGAUUUAAAGUUACUGUUGCCAAAGAGAUGUCAGGUUUUUGCUGCUUUGCAGGGGACUUGUUUUCGUGUUUUGUUUGAGGCUUAGGAUGCUGGUGCAAUGUUCUCUUGUUCCUUUUUUGUUUUUUAAGAGAAAUGAAGCUAAGAAAAAAAAAAA